AAGCUCUUGAUUGGCUCAGGGCUGUUGCUAUGACUUCUGUUCCAGACGCUUUGGCGUCUGCAAAUUCUCACGUCUUCCGCAAAGCUAUUCUUUCAUCAUGUGGCUGCCUAGUACCGCAAGUAACCUGUGUUGAAAUGUAGUUUGAAAAUUAUUUUAAACAAGGCGUAGCUUCGUGGGGUCAAACCUCAGCACCUAAUAGAUCGAACAAACAUCUAAUCUUAUCAAGAUGAAGAGCAUUUUUACUCUCAUAGACAAUGCUUGGAUGGGCUCGAAGUUAUUGUACAAGUGGCAGAAAUCCCUUGGAAAUUAUAUAGCUGUUGCAGGACAAGACAGCUCAGUGAAAAUAUUUGAUCGCCAUGGACACAAGUGGACUGAAAUCAGCCUUCCAGGACGCUGUGUGGGAAUGGACUGGGAUAAGGAUGGGGACAUUUUGGCAGUGAUAGCAGCAAAAUCCAGCUCCAUAUACUUAUGGGAUGCCAGUAUCAAUAAAACUUCAAAGAUAGAUAGUGGAAUGAGAGAUCACAUUUCUCUCAUUGUGUGGUCAAAAAUGGGGCCCCUGCUGGCAGCCGGCACUGCCAAAGGAAACCUGUUGAUCUACAAUCAGCAGACCUCACACAAGAUUCCAAUUUUAGGCAAACAUACCAAGAAAAUAACCUGUGGCUGCUGGAAUGCUCAGAAUUUACUGGCCCUUGGCUGCGAUGACAACAAUCUGAGCAUUAGCAAUCAAGAGGGGGACACAAUCCGAGAGAUAAAACUGCGUGGUGCACCUGCAGACAUUUACUUUUCCAUGAUGAAGACUAGCGAAAGGAAUUCCCAAGGAGAGAACACUGUGAGUGUCUGCGUGGACAAGAAAAUCUUGGUCCUUUUCAGCAUCACCAACACCGAAGACUGGUAUGAGCUGGCGUUUGAGGCGAGUUAUGGGCGCAUCGUCUCUUAUCGCUGGUUUGGUGAUGGCUAUAUUCUCAUUGGCUUCUCCCAUGGGUACUUUGUGGUAAUUUCCACUCAUGUCAGAGAGAUUGGGCAUGAGCUCUGCCAGGCUCGCAACCAUAAAGACAGUCUUAACAGUGUAGCCAUCUCAUCUGCAUUAAACAAGGCUGCCUCUUGUGGGGACAACAGCAUAAAGAUCCAUGAUCUCGCUGACCUCAAAUACAUUAGCAACGUGAUUCAGCUGGAGGAUGAGACAAAAGGUCUGGACCAGCUGAGUUGGACAGAUGAUGGCCAGCUGUUGGCAGUAUCCACACAGAGGGGCACUCUUCAUGUCUUCCUCACAAAGCUUCCUAUUCUGGGGGACAGUUAUGGAACCAGACUGGCUUACCUUACAUCUCUGCUGGAGGUCACAGUGUCAAACUAUGGGAUACCUCCUGUGGCCAUACAAGUGGAAGUAGAACCAACUUUUAUUGCUGUGGGACCCUACCAUGUUGCUGUUGGAAUGAACAACAAAGCUUGGUUCUAUGCACCACUUCUUGAACAAGAAUCUGCUUUUACCAAACUGAGGGAGAUUGAGUACUUCGGGACAGUUGCCAACAUGUGUCUUAAUGCAAAAUAUGCCGCAGCUUUGUUUGAUGGUAAAGUGCAACUGCACAUGAUCGAUGGCAGUGAGCAGGAGGAGAGGAAGCAAAUGAAGUUGUUCCCAGACGAUGACAGAAAAGGUCGGAUCCUUUGCCACGCUCUCACCGCUGACUUCCUCUACUAUGGCACUGAUUUAGGUAACGUUGUGUGUGUCCUGGUGGAAGAUUGGGAAACUGUGAGCACUUACAGCCACACCGUGCCAUUAAGUAAAGUUUUCCCAGAUGUAAAUGGCACACGGUUGAUCUUUAUUGAUGACAAGAAGAGCGGCUUCCUGCUCACCCUUUCAAGUGCAGCAGACUUGUGCCUUGAGCUUCCAAACUUCUCCCCCACCAUCACUGGAGUGCUGUGGGACAACUGGCACGCUGACAGAGUAGUUUUUGUAGCUUUCGAUGAUGACAAAGUCUACACCUACGCUGUGCAUAAAACCACCAUAUAUGGCCCACGAGUGGUGUUAGUGGGGAGCACUCCUCUUCUCUCCUCCCAGAAACCUUUGCUGCUCUACAAUGGGGUGCUAACAUGCCAGACGGCGAGCGGCAAGAUCAGUGAAGUGGCUCUGAGCACACAUUCCUUCCUUGAACACUCAACAAGCACGCCGUCUGGGUCACAGCCAGAACUUUGCAAGCAGCUCACACAGGCCCUCCAGCUUAAAAGGUUUUACGAAGCCUGGGAUCUGUGCUUGACUGAAGGCAGUGAGGCUGACAAGGCAGAGAUCGGUAAAGCCUGUCUGGUUCACAUGGAAGUUGAGCUGGCCAUCCACUUCUACCGCAUGAGUGGCAAUGUGGGAAUGGUGAUGUCACUGCAGGCCAUCCAGGGCAUUGAGGAUUAUAACUUACUUGCAGGCCACUUGGCCAUGUUCCUGGAGGACUUCUGUCUUGCUCAGGACCUCUAUUUGGCCUCAAGCUGCCCCAUAGCUGCCCUGGAGAUGAGGAGAGACCUGCUGCACUGGGACAGCGCUCUGAAGUUAGCUAAGGGGUUAGCAGAAGACCAGAUACCAUUUCUCUCCAAAGAAUAUGCCGUUCAUCUGGAGUUUAUUGGAGACUACAUGAAUGCUCUGGCACAUUAUGAGAAAGGAAUGACUCAUAAUAAUAAAUUCCAGGAGCAUGAUGAGGUAUGCCAGGCAGGUGUAGCCAGAAUGUCCAUUCGGAUGGGUGACAUAAGGAGAGGAGUGGCACAGGCUAUUCAGCACCCAAGUAGAGUCCUGAAGAAAGAAUGCGCAGCCAUACUGGAAAGCAUGAAGCAAUUCUCAGAAGCUGCACAGCUCUAUGAAAAAGGACAGUGCUAUGACAAGGCAGCAUCGGUUUAUAUUCGCUGCAAAAACUGGGUAAAGGUGGGGGAGUUACUGCCUAAUGUCACCUCUUCCAAGAUUCACCUGCAGUAUGCUAAAGCCAAAGAGGCGGAUGGCAAUUAUAAGGAGGCAGCACAAGCCUAUGGGAGCGCAAAAGACUGGGACAAUGUAACUCGCGUGCUGCUGGAUCACCUGAAAAACCCAGAAGGAGCUGUUCGCAUUGUCAGAGAGACGCAAAGCAUUGAAGGAGCGAAAAUGGUGGCCAGAUUCUUCUUGUCGUUAAAUGACUACGGCUCGGCCAUCCACUUCCUGGUGCUGUCACAGUGCAACGAUGAAGCCUUCCAGUUAGCACAGCAGCACAGACAGAUGGAGGUCUACGCGGAUAUCAUCGGCUCUGACGCAACACUGGAGGAUUAUCAGAGCAUCGCUCUCUACUUUGAGGCAGAGAAGAACCACCUGCAAGCUGGCAAAUUCUUUCAAAAAUGUGGACAAUACAACAGGGCGCUGAAGCACUUUCUGAAGUGUCCUAAUACGGAAGACAGCCUGGCUCUGGACAUGGCCAUUGAGACAGUGGGCCAAGCCAAAGACAGCUCCCUGACUAAUCUACUAAUAGAAUACCUUAUGGGGGAGAGCGAUGGCAUCCCAAAGGAUGCGAAGUACCUGUUCCGACUCUACAUGGCACUGCAGCAGUACAGGGAAGCCGCUCGCACUGCCAUCAUCAUCGCUAGGGAAGAGCAGAAUGCUGGUAACUACCGUAGCUCCCACAAUGUGCUGUUCAGCAUGUACACACAACUGCAGGCCCACAAGAUAAAGAUUCCUGCAGAAAUGGCCACUAACCUGAUGAUCCUGCACUCUUACCUGCUGGGAAAAGUUCAUAUCAAGAGGAGAGACCACCUUAAAGGGGCACGUAUGCUCAUUCGUGUCAGCAAAAAUAUCAGCAAGUUUCCUGCACAUGUUGUGCCCAUUUUGACAUCGGCGGUCAUUGAAUGUCACCGAGCCGGAUUGAAAAACUCCGCCUUUGGUUUUGCCGCCAUGCUCAUGCGGCCUGAGUACCGAAACGAGAUACACCAGAACUACAGGAAGAAGAUUGAGGCUAUGGUUCGGCGUCCAGAUACAUCAGAGUUGGAAGAGGAAACUACCCCGUGUCCUUACUGUGGCUUUCAGCUUCCGCAGAAUGAACUGCUGUGCAUCUCGUGCAAGAACAACCUCCCCUAUUGCAUUGCCACAGGUCGUCAUAUGCUGAAAGAAGACUGGUCUGUGUGUCCUCAUUGCGAAUUUCCUGCACUCUACUCGCAGUUCAUCCUGUUACUGGAGACUGAGACAGUGUGUCCGAUGUGCUCAGAGACUCUGAGUGCCCAGCAAGUGAAGAAGAUCAAAGAUUGUUCCAAACACUUGCAGACUGAUCAAGUGGAUCAGUGAAGGUGACAGUGAAAGUUGAACAUGUACAUUUGCCCUCUUUUCUUCAGCUUGCAGUUUUAACAGAAUUCAAAUGAACUUUUGUGAAAUUUUAAUCCUCUGCUGAAGCCACUCUUUUGACUCAGAUGUAGAGCACACUGACUGCUGUUUAUAUUGUCAUAACUUUUUGGUUCAUCUGAUUUAUUUAAUUGUUAAUGUAGUACAGUAUUCAAUUUACAUGAAUGGGCAAAUAGAGUAAUUUUAAACUUUGUAAAAUAAACCAAUACAGCUAUCUACAAAUAUGCUUAGAAGCUCACUAAUGGACUAGAUGCUUAGCUCACUAAUGGGCAUAAAGUACAGGAUGUCAUCCAUGCGCAUAUCCUAUGUAAUGGUGGUUCACUAUACUGUAUAGUACAAUUUCAGUACACAAUUUGAUUAGUUUUCAAUAUGGAGAUUGUAGUAACUAGACACUCUCCUCUAAAACUCUCACUGUUUUUGUCCAACAGCCAAAGGAUAAAUAGUUUGAGCACAUUUAAUGAUCAAGCAUGUUGUCAUAGAAAAGUACAAAUUUUAUUUUUAUUCUUUGUACAAAGGACUGUUUACCCAAGUUUUUUAAACAAAAAUAUAACAGCUUCUCAUUGACAUGGACUGAAAAAAAUGAGACAAAAUAUAAAACGCCAACAAAUGUAAAGACAGAAAAGCAGAUGACAUCGAACAAAAAAAAAAUUGUCAUUGUAAAAAGUGUACUU